AUGGUGCAGCAGACCAACACGGCGGAGAACACGGAGGCGCUGCUGGCCGCCGAGACCUCCGACUCCGGGGCCGGCAUCGAACUGGGCAUCGCCUCCUCCCCCACGCCGGGUUCCACCGCCUCCACGGGGGGCAAGGCGGAUGACCCGAGCUGGUGCAAGACGCCCAGCGGGCACAUAAAGCGGCCCAUGAACGCCUUCAUGGUAUGGUCGCAGAUCGAGCGGCGAAAGAUCAUGGAGCAGUCCCCCGACAUGCACAACGCCGAGAUCUCCAAGCGCCUGGGCAAGCGCUGGAAGCUGCUCAAGGACAGCGACAAGAUCCCCUUCAUCCGGGAGGCGGAGCGGCUGCGCCUCAAGCACAUGGCGGACUACCCUGACUACAAGUACCGGCCCAGGAAGAAGGUGAAGUCGGGCAACAGCUCCGCCAAGCCCGGCGACAAGGCGGACAAGGGCGGCGGGGGCGGCGCCGGCGGGGGCAGCGCGGGCGGCGGCUCCGGUGGCCCCGCGGCCCCCGCCAAGCCCGCCCCGAAGAAGGGCGGCGGCGGCGGCUCCAAGCCCUCCCCCGCGGGCGGCGGCGGCGCGGGCGCGGGCGGCAAGCCCCACGGCAAGGCGGCGGGGGGCAAGGCCGCCCCGUUCCCCGGGGAGCCCUCGGCCGCGCUGCUGCCGCCCGAGCACCAGGCGCUCUACAAGCCCCGGGGGGCGUCGGGCUCGUCCUCGGGACCCGGCAAGCCGCUGGCCGAGAAGAAGCUGAAGCGCGUCUACAUCUUCGGGAGCGGGCAGGCGGCGGCCGCCUCCGCCUCCCCCGGCGGCGCCGUGCCCGGCAGCCCCACGCUGAGCAGCUCGGCGGAGGCCGGCGACCCCUUGAGCCUCUACGAGGAGGGGGGCGGCGGCGCGGGCCGGCCCGACGGGGACUGCGGCGGCGUCGCCUGCCCCUCGCCCUCCGGCUCCGGCUCGCCCUCGGAUCACCGCAGCUACACCAGCUUGCGCGCCUCCUCCCCGGCCCCCUCGACGGCGCAUUCCUCCUCCGCGUCCUCCCACUCCUCCUCCUCUUCCUCCUCCGGCUCCUCUUCGUCGGACGACGAGUUUGAGGACGACCUCUUGGACCUGAACCCCAGUCCCGGCUUUGAGAGCAUGUCCCUGGGCAGUUUCAGCUCCUCGGUGCUCGACCGAGACCUGGAUUUUAACUUCGAGCCCGGCUCGGGCUCGCACUUUGAGUUCCCGGACUAUUGCACGCCGGAGGUAAGUGAGAUGAUCUCGGGGGACUGGCUGGAGUCCAGCAUUUCCAACCUGGUCUUCACUUACUGAGGCGAGAGCCGGGCCCUGCUGGAGGAGGCACCGGCGCGCGUGGCUGUCGGCAGGACUCGCCCAACCCGCCGGACGCUUUUGUGUCUUUUUUUUUUUUGUGUUUGUGUUUUGUUUUUUUGUUUUUUAUUUUUUUUUUUGGGGGGGGGGUGGGGAG